AUGUUUACAUUAACCGUCAAAGCUGAGCAGACAGGGCUGACGAACCUGCGGCCAGACGACACCCAAGACAACCCGUUCUGGUAUAUGUUCAAGGUUCAAUCCUCCAUCAAAGCGGCCCCAUUGGCAUAUGAACAAUCCGAGCCACCCAAGACGCACAAAAUUAUUGAAUUUGAUUGCCGCGGGCUCGAGUUCACCGAGUUCAAGCCAGAGGGAGAGUGGCUGGCGGAGGGUACUGACUCGGGAACCAAGUUUACAGCCAUUGACCUGUCAGAUGGAGAAUGGUUUGACUACGACGAAAAGGCUGGAGAGGAAGUCAGCAUCAAGGAUAUCACUUGGGAGAUCCGCAGAGCUUAG